AUGUUGAGAAACUUUUUAACUGGAAGGCUUCCGAGCUUAGCGUAUUCUAGUCGUAUUGUAACGCGAAACUUUUCAAAGUUACAGAUCAGACCAUCUGUCAUCGAUAGAACCAUACGAAGUCGGGUACAGAAUGUUAAAGCUGCAAAUGUUCGUGACUCUUACUUUGGGAAGAGUGCUACUACUGGUAUAAGGGGUUAUGCAGCUGCAGCCAGUCAAAAGAGAUUGUUGAACUCUUCAAAAUGGGUCGGUUAUUGGUUAAUUGGCACUUCAGGCUUAGUUUUUGGAAUUGUCGUUUUGGGCGGUUUGACAAGACUAACGGAGUCAGGACUUAGUAUCACCGAGUGGAGACCAGUUACGGGUACGCUGCCACCUUUGAACGAGGCCCAAUGGGAAGAAGAAUUUGCCAAAUACAGAGAAUCACCCGAAUUCAAGCAACUUAACUCCCACAUCGACAUGGACGAAUUCAAAUUCAUCUUUUUCAUGGAAUGGGUUCACAGACUUUGGGGUCGCGCGAUCGGACUCAUUUUCGUCGCACCGGCGAUUUAUUUCGCCGCCACGAAGAAAACGUCACCUCACGUCAACAGACGAUUAUUUGGGUUGUCCUGGCUUCUCGCGCUUCAAGGACUUAUCGGCUGGUGGAUGGUCAAGUCGGGUCUCGACCAAGAACAACUCGAAGAAAGAAAAUCGAAACCUACUGUGUCUCAGUAUAGAUUGACCACACAUUUGGGUGCUGCAUUUCUGCUGUACAUGGGCAUGUUUUGGACUGGAUUUGAGAUUCUCAGGGAAGCCAAGUGGGUCAAGAAUCCUGGUGCCGCGAUAGAAUUAUUCUCUAAGCUAGACAACCGCGCACUCGUUCCUUUGAGAAGAACUUCUUUGGGUUUAUUGGCAUUAACUUUCGUUACUGCCAUGUCCGGUGGUCUUGUCGCUGGUCUUGAUGCUGGUUUGAUUUACAACACUUUUCCACAUAUGGGUGAUAACUGGGUUCCUUCCAACCGGGAAUUGAUGGAUGAAAAUUUCGCGCGCAAGGAGGAUAACAGUGAUCUCGUUUGGAGAAAUCUUUUAGAAAACCCUACAACAGUUCAAUUGAACCACAGAAUAUUCGCGACUACCACUUUCAUCGCCGUGUGUUGGGCUCACAUGGUUUGCAAUAGAGGUAAAGCUUUUAUCCCCAAAAGCGCGUUGAAAUCCAUGCAUACUAUGAUGGGUAUUGUCACGGCACAAGUCGCGCUUGGAAUUUUCACACUGUUGUAUUUGGUACCUAUCCCACUAGCGUCCUUGCACCAGGCUGGCGCAAUCGCGUUGUUGACAAACGCCCUAGUGUUUGCCGCACAAUUGAGAAAACCCAGAGUCCCCAUGAGAAUCCUAAUAAGUGGUCUCUCUACUAAAACUGGAGCUCAAUCGAGCAGCAAGAUUUUGACUCAGGCGUCGCAACUUGCCAAAUAA